AUGUUAUUUUAUAACCAGCUAGCCACAACAAUAAUAUUCGCCUUGUUGACAACGCUAGUCUGCGGAUUAGCAGACCAGGGAGACGGUGCUGGAGCCAAGACAAGCGAAAAGACGAUUGUUUGGAUAACUACCACCAUGGACGGCCAUCUGACAGUCGUGUCGACCUUGUACAGCCAAUCGUUCAUGGACACCGAUAGUGCUGCCAUCAACGUGCCCAGCGGCGAAGUGGGCAUGGGCUCCAUCAGCGGCUCCGUCGGCGGUUACCGGACUUAUGACCACACCACCAUAUCGCAAGCUGGUGGUGGAGCGGGUGCUGGUGCAGGGAUCAACGUCCAUGCCGGCGGCAUCUUGGGCAUAUUCACUACGAUCAUCCUCGCCCUCGGUUUGAUUUGA